AUGUGCACAAAUAUACCCUUCUCCCUGUUACAGGUAAGCAUACCAGAACAAGCCCCAAGCACUGCUUCAUGUGAGGAGAGCGUUCAAGCGCCUGUAGCUAAGCCUGUACUACCAACUUUCCUCGCCAAAGGGGUGGAAACUAUGGUUGGAUCAGUGGAGAAAACAAGGCUCUACGUGGAAGCUGUGGCCUGCACGAAGGAUUCGGCCACUUUCAACUCAGAAACCGAUGCUGCCAUCAAUGCCGGGUCGGACCACAAAAGGGCAUGGACACCUGACCCUUGGCCAACGUCAACAGGUGACAUUGAAGCGAAUUUCACUGCGAUGCCGGCAACAUCAUGUCGGCCUGGUUCAGUCGAGCGGCCAGCUUCGUCGACCGGCCUGGUUGCCAAGUCUACGCAGGGCAGCCGAGAGGCUGAGACAAAGGAGGCGAACGAUGCGCCAGACCUCUGUUGUCGUCGCCAUCGCUACCAUUCGGAUGCACACGAAGGCGAGGGCGUCUGUGCGUUGAACAGGUCGCGUCGACAGCGUCAAAGCAGUCCCGUUUCAGGCGAUUGCCGGUUAGGGCUUGCGCAAACGGGCCACUCCGGGGGGACUGAUGAAGCAAUCGGUCUUUCAAAAGUCCAGUCUGGUUGUUAUGGCCAGUUGAGUGGAGAAAGGGACGAGUUGAGCCUGCAUAAGAGAGAGCGACUCAGAGAAGAAUCGACCCCCAGUGCGUCUGUCGCCGGGCGGCAGGCCAGGGUACAAGAGGUCGACGCGACGCGGCAAAGGCAUGCGACUGGGGGAGAGUGUGCAAAAAGGGGUGAAGACUGGCGAAGCCCGAGUGAGGCGUGGAAAGUGAAGCCGAAGGAUAGGCAGAGGCUGGAGACGUGGAGAUGGGAUGCGGAUGCAGAGCUGUUGCCAGGGCAAAGUGAAGGUGAGACGGCAGUAUGUGGACUGCGACGUGAUUGGCAGAUUAGGGCAGACGAUAAGAGCUUGCCAAGUCUGGACUGGCAACGGCAGAGACGAAAGCAACCGCAGGAUUGGUCGGGCUUGCAAGGUCGUUUUGAGGCAGCCAAUCAGAAGGGGGCAGUUGGAGAAGAGGCGACUCAGAGGUUUGAUGUACUCGCGUUUGAAGGUCAGCAUCGAUCGUGGCGAGACGAGUUGGACGGGUCUUUAGGAAGUCAGCUCAGUACUUCCGAGGUGCGUGAUGUGAAUCGAUCGGUCUCGGAGGUUUCCGACAAACUUGACGGAUUCAACGCAUCCUGCCGCCUCGAACGACUCGACCCAGUCGCGGGCGCAAGCGAAUGGCCGCAAAGAGGCAGACUCGGGCAGCCGGUCUGUCUAUUCGACUCUUCUCGCCUCGCCCGCCCGGCGAUCAUCACCUCCCCGCAACCCGGCGGACGGGAUGUGGCCCGGCCUGAAGUGAGCCUCGGUCUCGCGACUUCUGGCCGAAGCCGGCCAGCGCCGCCACAACCGGAGCCGUCGUGGUCGGGCAAGCCGACCGAGCGGUGCUCUCCGAUCGAUGAGCUGGCCGAGUACCGCUGGAGCGACACAAACCGACAGGCCCUGGGCGCGGCGGACGAGGUGGCUGCGGCGCCGGCGCCGGCGCCGGAGGCGAAGAAGAUCUACCGACCUCAGGCUCGCCAGCUCAGCGACUUGACGGCCCACCAGAUCGACUGUGAGGCCGUCGGUUGGGCACAGUCGCCUCGGUCAAGUGAACUCGAGACCGGCGAAGCGUCGGGCCGCCGGUUGUCGGAACUCGCGUCGUCUCGUCCGCCUGUCGGUGGCGGCCCGACGCGUCGGGUCGACCUGCCGCGGCGUCUGCGUCGAGCGCAAGACGCGUUGAUUCGCUCCGCGUCGGCCAUCUUUCAACCGGCCCACGCGUUUCUCGCCCUCUUGGACGACUCGGGCCAAACCGAGCCCGAGCCCGAAGAGUGGGGCUCCCUGUUCUCCCUGGCCUCGCCGCCCUCCGGCCACAGGCACGACGAGGCCGCCUGCCUCCGAGCCGGAGCAGGCGCUGGCGCUGGCGGGCGGCUAGCCGAGAUCCGCCAGCUCGAGCGCCGCCUGCAGCGAGUUCGCCAGCUGGAA